AUGCCGCCAUCCUCUAGAACUUCACCUCCGCCCGCCUAAACCCGCCCCGAUCCCCCGUCAUUCGAACCUUCCCGCCGCUGGCCCGCGUUGCGUCAAACAUAAAUAAAUAUGGCGUCUGUGGCAAAGUCAGUGAUGUAGCGUUGACAUUUUACUGUGUAAAAACAAUCCAAAAUAGCCUAACAUGCCGAAGGAUAAACAGGUUAGGACACAGUCGAGACGCGCCGCCAGCAAGGAGGCCUUGAAGCAAAUGCAUCUGCUUCUGGGAGACGAAAAACACUACGAGAUCUCGUCGGACGACGAUGAUGUUAUAGAGGUGGAGGUGCAGCCGCCGAAGAAGAAGUAUAAGCUGAGCCAUAGGAAGUCGUCGGACGGAAAUGAUCGCGAUGUCAUCGUCCUCAAAACCGUCGAUGAGGCCCCAUUCGAGCUCGAGGUGGUCGUCGAAGAGCUCUCCCCCUGCCAAUUAUCUCGCAACGAGCAACUCCAAAAAGAAACCAAGGAAGUGGACGCGAAAAUCGAGCAGCUCCUCUCCACCCCCAACACCGAGGUCGUGUACAACGGCCUCUUCACCACCGCCGUCGAGGUCACCGAGCAGAUCCAGAACAUCAUCACCAACGCGACCGCCGCCCCCGCCCCUCAGUACACACUUCCCGGCCAAACCAACGCCCUACCACCUCCCGCGUCCAACGUGCCCCAGCAGCCCGUUCCUGGUCAGAGCAUCGUCCUGCAGCAGCAGAGCCCCGGCAACGCCAACAUACCACAGAGUUACCAGCUGGUGAUGGACCCGAGGCUCGGCGUGAUCGUGGGGACGGUCUCCACCGCCAACGCUAGCGCCAACACGCCCCCGCUGCAGCUGUACCAGCCCAAGGUGACGAUGGCGGCGACGGCGUCGCCCGCCACUAGUAACGAGCAGCCGCCGACGAUGAAGACUCGGAGGGGCACGAUCCUGCGACAGGUGCCCAACGCGCCGCUCCCGCCGCUGCACAAGACGACGCUCGUGCAGCAGAAGGCGCCGCCGCCCCCGGUGAACAAGCCCAACAAGGGGCUGCAGGUUAAGCAGAACCUCUUGCAGAAGAACGUGCAGCAGAAGGCGGCGCCCAAGCCGGCACCGACGCCACCGAAACCGGCGGUCGCGACGCCCAAGGCGAUUCUGCCCAUGAAAGGGAGGCCGCCGAAUCCGCCUCCGGUUCCAACGGCGCCGUUUCGACCCACGGAGAGCAACGUGGAGGGCGGGCUGAGCAUGGGGAAGCCGUCGAAGAGUAUAGAUUUGACGGGCGACGACGGGAGAGCGUUGCCUGAUAGCAGGGAAGUGUCCUUCAAUAAACUCCAAGGGAGGACGUAUCCGUCGUUGGUGGUGGUGGCGCGGCCGCACUUGCGCGUCAAGGACUUGGCGGCGGACCGGGGGAAGUUGGACGUCAAGGUCAAGAGCGUGCUGAUGUACCCGCCGACGAAGUUCACAGAAUGGUUGAUCCAGCAAGGGCUGGUGCGGUCCGACCAGAAGUGUUCGAUCCACACGGCCAAUCCCCUGAAGCUGGGGAUGUACAGCGACGCUUCGAAGUUUCCAUAUUCCGGCGGCUACGUUUGGAUCAGCGAGUGCUGUCCUCAGAGGUUCGUCUCCGUUUUCAGCGGGUCGCUGUUCGAGGGUUCGCAGCACCCCCCGAUGGCGAUUCUCAAACUCCUCUACCAUUGGUGUUGUCAGACGAUCGUGCAAAACGUGACUCAAUGGGUGAAAGUGGAUAACCUGUACGUGAAAGGUAUGUACACGUGGCUCAGGUCCGUGUGUACGGUGGCGCUCCACACCCACAUUAAGCAACUAGGGGGUCCCGGGGUGAAAGUCCAAGUCGGGGUGAUCAGUUUGGGGACGACGUCGCAAGACGGCAACAAACGCGAAGUCAAAGUGGAAGUUUUGGGAAUCUUGGAGACGACGACCAGACACAUAAGACUGCGGGCGGUGGAGCCACUCGCCGACGGCGAGCGCAACUACAAGAAACGCUUCACGAAAAUCUUGGAGCCGGUGUUCAACUGGGUGCACCCGUCAAGUAUCAUCGUCACCGACUUGACUGUGGAUAAGACGACGCUGCACCAGAUGGGCUUCCUGCACGUAUCGCAGAGCACCUCGACGGACUACGCCAACAGCAACCGGACUAUCAUGGAGUACCUCAGGCGGAUAGUGCCGCGCAUGUUCCAGAACACGCUGUCGUUGCUGUCGCGCCAGAUCAUCCAGCAGUUCUUAGACGAGCUGGUGUGGAGAGAGUGGUACGGUACCACAGUCCUCCAGUGCUUUGAUAACAUGGUGCAACACUUGUCCGAACAGACGCGCCACGAUUCGGGCCAGUCGCUCGUCGUACGCUUGAACAAGGUGAGCGCCAACCCGUUCAAGAACUGGUCGAUUCCUAUCAUCGGGGCGAGCACCGCCCCCGCCACUCCCAAGACGGCUGAGCCUCCGGCGCCGAAGCGCUACAGCCGCCAGCGCAAGCCGACUACGCCGCAGCCGCAGCCACCGCAGGUGGUCCAGGACGUGGUGCGGCCGGUGAAGAGCACGUCGCCGGACGUGCCCGAACAGCUGGUGCCCUUGGAGAACUACUACUACGGGACGAUCACGCCCCCGCAGGAGAACCGGACGAAAGUCACCAUUAGCAUAAAGUGUCCCUUCUGUAAAUUAACCUUCAACACGAACAUAACCCUUAUGAACCACCUGUUCAAGCACGCGCACAACGUCUCCAACGACGUCCAGCUGUGUAAGUACUGCUUGACGAUAGUGCCGACAGCCAACGACCUCCUGAAGCACAUCAGUUCGUCGCAUCCGGACGAGACCAAGUUCGACAACGGCUUCGUCUGCUUGAUCUGCGAGUGCCACUUCCGCAAUCCCUUCAUCCUAGGCAAACACAUGUCGAAGGAGCACUGUCCGUCGGAGUUGCCCUACCUCUGCGGCACGUGCAACUUCAGGUGCUCGAACCACAAGCUGGCGGUGGACCACUUCUACCAGCAGCACGACUACGGCACCACGAUCCAGUGCCCGUUCUGCUUGAAGUCGACGACGAUAUACUCCGGAGGACGCAAUAUCUCACAGAACAUGAACUACUUCAUACAGCACCUGCAGAAGCACCAGAAGAAGCAGCUGGCGAAGAGGUGCGGCAAGUGCACGCUGUGGUUCAUCCAGAAAGAGUUCCUGAAGGACCAUCAGACGAAGAUGCACGUAUCGCAGAGGGGCAAGAACGGGCUGGUGCCGUGCUUCGCGCCGCGGAACGGAGUCAUGGUACCGAAGUCCAAGAUGGACAAGUGUCCGGACGACGCCAUCGUCAUCAAUUUCUCGACGCUGUUCUUCAACGUCGGCAAAAAUCUGAACUGCAAGGAGUGCGACAAACCCUUGAGCACGCCGAAGCAUUUUGCAUCGUUCGAGAGUUGCCAGAACACUAACUGCCAGUACUCGACCUGCUGCUCGAACGCGAUGCAAGAGCACGCGGUGAAGUGCAAGUCGGUCCAUGCGGACAUUCCGGCGGAGAAGUUACCGUUCGAGAUGUUCUGUAUUUGCGGUUACAGAGACAUAUACGGUAAUCAGAUGGCCAAGCACCUGGCGAUAUGCGAACGGAAGUCGGCUUAUCCGUCACGACAGGCCGCCAAAGGAGCCACCGUCACUCAAUGCAUGUUGGACGUUUUGGGCUUGGUGCGCAAACCCGAAGAAGCAAAAGAAGUGACGAAAGAACCGAAGGAGGCGAAAGAGGAACAGCCGAAACAGACGACGGAACCGAAGGAAGUUAAAGAUAUUAAGCGGCCGGAAGGCGGGAACAGCGUGCAACCUAUCAUUUUGAAGCACAGGGGAAGGCCGAGGAAGUACCCCGGAAUCGCGAAACCCCCAGACAAAGAACCGGAGAAGGCGGUGAUCGAAGUGAAGGAAGACGCAGUUAAAAACGAGGGUAGUGUAGUGCAAAUAAAUAUAAGUGACGUUCGGGGAGGGGUCGAGGCGGAAAGUACUGAAGUGAAGGAUGGGGAGGGUGCUCGAGACAAAGUAACGGAAGAGGUCGAUCUGACGGAGAACGAUAGCAACGAGGAAGCCAAGAAAAGCGAACAGGAAGAGAGUACGAGCGAAAAGAAAGAAGAAAACGAGGAUACCGACAAGUCGACGAAAGAAGACGCAGACAAGGUGGAGGACGAAGCGCGAAACGAGAAGAGCAACGCAAUUAAGGACCAGAACGAGGAACCGACUACGGUUGAAGAACAAGAAAAAGUUGAAGAACAAGACAAAGGCAAAGAAGCGGAACAGAUUGAUGACGAAGAGAAUGAAGCCAGCGAGGAAACAGAGAAGGAAGUCGUUGAUGAAGAACAAAAUAAUGAAGCAACUAGUAAGGUACAAGAUGAGGUUUCUAACGAAGAACAAGAGGAGACGGGUACUAACGAUAACGAAGAGCCAGAGAACGAAGUUCCUACAAAGGAGCAAAAGAACGAUGUUCCAGACGAGGAAGAAGUGAAAGAAAAUCAAGAAAACGAAGCUCCGAGUGAAGAACAAGAAAAUGAAGUUACGAAUGAGGAAGAACCUGAGAACGAAGAACGAAAUACAACACCGGAUAACGAAGUAACCGAAAACGAAGAUACCACGGAAGGACAAGACAGCGAAGACACUCGCGACGACGCAGUCGGGAGUGAGGAAAAGGACGUGACCGAAGACGAAGAACCACAAGCUAACGAAGUUGUUAGUUCGAGCGAAAAUACGAACGAUACGAAUGAGCACUCGACCGAAAGGGGCGAGGAUAGUGAAAGAAUGGAAGUUGAUAGUAGUAGUACUACAGAAACAAUUGAUAAAGUAGCAAUAGAGAAUAACGAAGAAAGUGAAAAAAACGUUAAUAUCUGUCCUAUGGAUACAGACUAAAUUUAUAGAAAUAUAUUACGUUGUAAAUAUGAUGUUAUUGUUCAAGACUGUAAAAAAUCUUUGUUGCGAAGAUAGUGAAUUAGUGUUUGUGUUUACUCAAAGUCGUUUUCUUUUAUAAAAGCAAAUUUUUUUAUAUGCUUACUUCAGUUUCUGUAAGGUUCUAUUAAAUAUUAUAUUUGUAAUACAAACAAUUUAAAUAAAAGAAAAUUUCCUCCUUUUA